AUGGCAUCAGAACAUAAGGAUUGUGAUGGAAGAAUUCGAUGUCCUUGUGUGAGAUGUAUAAAUAGUAGGUUUGAAAAAAUAGAUAGGGUUAGAGCACACGUAUUUGAUCGAGGUUUCAUGGAAGGAUAUGAGAAGUGGAUUUAUCACGGCGAGCCUGAGGAUGUUGUCGAUGAUGUAGCAGUUGUCGAUGUUGAAUUAGAGGAUGAAAUGAUUCAUAUUCUAGAAGACUUCUUUCCCCCAACAACAGAGGAUGUACAAGGAGAAGAUGAACAACCAACCACAAACCCUCAUUUUGAUGACUUAUUUGAGGAAAUUGAAGCUGAAUUGUAUCCCGGUUGUGAUUGGAUUUCGUCUCUCAACUUUUUAGCAAAGCUAUUGCAUUUAAAAGUUAGAGGAAAAAUUCCUAAUAACAUCUUUGAAGAAUUGUUGAAGCUUUUAAAGUUUGCAUUUCCGAAGGAAAAUAAUAUUCCAGCAACUUACUACGAGGCAAAAAAGAGAUUGAAGAAAUUAGGCUUGGGUUAUGACUCUAUCCAUGUCUAUUUGUAUAAUUGUUGCCUAUUUUAUAAGGAGAAUGCAUCCAAGGAGGCUUGUCCAGUUUGCGGAACUAGUCGUUGGGUUACUUCCGAGAACGGCAAAGCAAAAAAAGUUCCUUGCAAAGUCAUGCGAUACUUUCCGUUGACACAUCGACUUAAAAGAUUAUAUAGUUCGAGGAUUACAGCGAAGAGCAUGAUAUGGCAUCAUACUGGAAAAUCAAAAGAUGAUGUGGUGUUGCGACACCCGGUCGAUGGUUUAGCUUGGAAAGACUUUGAUGUAAAACAUCCCGAGUUUGCAAGGGACCCAAGAAAUGUUCGACUUGGGUUAGCUGCUGAUGGAUUUAAUCCAUUUGGCAACAUGAGUCUUCCAUACAGCAUGUGGCCAGUGGUGUUGGCUAACUAUAAUCUACCACCUUGGUUAUGUAUCAAAGAUAACUAUUUUUUGCUAUCUACACUAAUUCCUGGUGCAAAAUCUCCUGGCAAAGACAUGGAUAUAUUUUUAAGACCUUUGGUGGAUGAAUUAAAGGAGUUGUGGAAUAAUGGGGUACCAACGAGAGAUAGUUCGACCAACUCGAUGUUCACCAUGUGUGCUGCACUUUUGUGGACAGUGAAUGAUUUUCCUGCUCGUAGUAGCUUGUCUAGGUGGAGUGGUCAAGGUUAUAAAGCUUGCCCUACUUGUAAUGAAGACACGACGUCCAUUCGAGUGAUCGGGAAGACAUCAUAUGUUGGUCAUAGAAGGUUCUUUCCAAGUAACCAUGCAAUGAGAAGGGAUACUCGAUUUGAUGGUAAAGUUGAAAGAAGACCUCCUCCAAGACGAUUUACUUGUGAAGAGAUAUUAUCACAAGUUAAUAAUCUCGAACCCCAAAUUCUCGGACAUCAUGAAAAUUUUGGGGGUGUGAAACGUAGAAGAUUUGCAGAAACUUGUAAUUGGAGGAAAAAAAGUAUUUUCUACGAGUUGGAGUAUUGGAGCACGAAUAUUUUAAAACACAACAUUGAUGUCAUGCAUGUUGAGAAGAAUGUGUGUGAUAGUCUCCUAGGAACCAUCUUGGAUAAUGAUAAAUCAAAGGACACAACCAAUGCGCGACAUGAUUUAAAGAAGAUGGGUAUUAGGGAAUCGUUGUGGAUUUAUGAAGAUGGGAAUGGCAGGCUAAUGAAACCGCAGGCUCCUUAUGUUUUGACUCAUGAGUCUAACAUUAUUGGGUUAAAAUCCCACGAUUGUCAUGUCAUUAUGCAGCGAGUACUAGCGGUUGGUGUCCGUAAAUUUCUACCUCGUGACACUGCAACAACUAUUACUCAGCUGUCUUUUUUUGACAUAAUGAUACAUUUGGUAUUGCAUUUGCCUAAAGAAGCGAUAUUGGGUGGCCCGGUCUUUAUGAGAUGGAUGUAUCCUUUUGAAAGGUACAUGAAAAAAUUGAAGAAUUAUGUGGGAAACAAGGCACGUCCUGAAGGGUCAAUUGCAGAAGGUUAUGUUGCUGAUGAGGCAGUAACCUUUUGUUCAAUAUACUUUAAAGGGUACAUGAAAAAAUUGAAGAAUUAUGUGGGAAACAAGGCACGUCCUGAAGGGUCAAUUGCAGAAGGUUAUGUUGCUGAUGAGGCAGUAACCUUUUGUUCAAUCGGAAUUAUCAAGCCUCUUGAUCAUAUCGGUCGUGAAAAAGCUGAGUGGUACAUUCUUCAAAAUUCUCCUGAAAUCCAAGCUUACUUAGAUGAACAUUUGGCCAAGAUCAGGCAUGAAUAUCCUAAUGGUAAUCACGAUGUCUUGCAUAGGCAAACUUUCCGUCCGUGGUUUCAUAAGAAGAUAUAUGAGUUGCAGAAGCUUGGAACUUUACAAAAUGGUGAUGAGUUACUUGCUCUAGCUUCUGGGUCCGAUUACUUAGCAACAUUUUACGAAGGUUGUGUAGUGAAUGGUGUUCGGUUUAUUGCGUCGAAGCGAGACCAAAAGCGGAAGACACAAAAUAGUGGUGUAUUCUUAUUCUUUGGGCCCGAAGGGUUUAAUUACUACGGCACACUUGAAGAUGUAAUCACUAUAUCUUAUACUGGUGCAUAUACAGUGACAUUGUUUGAAUGUAAAUGGUAUAACACUAAUCCAUUAAGAAAGAAGACAAUCACUGAAAAUAAUAUAACCAGUAUAAAUACUCGUGGAUAUUGGUAUCAAGAUGAACCGUACAUCCUUGCUAACCAGGACAUUAAUGACAAUGAAGAUGAGACUGAUGUUGAUGUUGUUAGUGAUUCUAACUCUUCCAAUUUUGUGUUGACAGUUGAUCUUGGAGAGUUGAUUAUGCAAUCGAAUGAACCUCCAGUAAUUGUUGAAUCGUCCGAUCAGUUAGUGGAUUCUGAGAUAGAGAAUAAUGAACUUGAUGAAAAUUAUGUGGCUGAAGAAGUAGAUGAUUUACUAGUUGAACAUGUGGAGGAUGAAAAUGUAAACUUGGUGAAUGAUGGAAAUGAUAGUGAUUCGUCAGUGUAA